UACACAGGAACUGAUGGGUUUGUCAGCAGUAGCACUCUGCUGGAGCUUCAAGCACCCAAAAUGACCAAAGCCUGCACAGCUAGGACCGCUCAGUGAGAAAGCAGGACAGAAAGCGAGAGAAGCUGUUGGAGUUGACCCCUCUGCUGAGCCAUGAUGGAGUGCUGUCGCCAGCUGCCGUCGGAUUUCUCCAUGGAGGAGAGGCGGGAGAUAGAAAACCUGAAGUUGCACAAGCAGGACCUCCUGGAUGACAUUCAGAAGCUGAAGUGGGAGAUAGAGAACGUAAUGGCUGAAAUUCAGGAUUUCGAAUCUGCGGAGGAGAACAAAGUUCUUGAGAGAGGGAAGCAGUUUUCUAGUGGCAAGAAGAAGUUCAACAUGGAUCCUAAAAAGGGAGUAAAUUACUUGGUGGAAAAUAGCCUGCUGGAGUGGAAGCCCCAGACUGUAGCGGAGUUCCUCUACAAAGAAGAAGGCCUCAAUAAGACAGCUAUAGGAGACUUCUUAGGAGAGAGAGAGGAGAUGCACCUACAGAUACUGAAAGCUUUUGUGGAACUUCAUGAGUUUUCUGAUCUCAACCUUGUCCAGGCACUGAGGCAGUUCCUCUGGAGUUUCCGUCUUCCUGGUGAAGCCCAGAAGAUUGACCGCAUGAUGGAGGCUUUCGCCACACGUUACUGCGAGUGCAACGCAGACGUCUUCCAGUCAACUGACACCUGUUACAUCCUCUCAUUUGCUAUCAUCAUGCUGAACACUAGCCUGCACAACCCCAAUGUGAAGGACAAGACCACACUGGAGCGCUUCAUCAGCAUGAAUAAAGGCAUCAACAAUGGAGAAGAUCUACCUAAUGAGCUUCUCACGAAACUAUAUGAGAGCAUACGGAACGAGCCAUUCAAAAUCCCGGAGGACGAUGGGAACGAUCUUACUCAUACUUUCUUCAACCCUGACAGAGAAGGCUGGCUACUCAAACUGGGAGGAAGAGUGAAAACCUGGAAGAGGAGGUGGUUUAUUCUAACCGAUAACUGCCUGUAUUAUUUUGAAUACACCACAGACAAAGAACCCAGAGGGAUAAUUCCUUUGGAGAACCUGUGUGUAAGAGAGGUUAACUGCACACGCAAACCGUACUGUCUGGAGCUGUACAACCCAAACAGUAAAGGACAGAAGAUAAAGGCAUGUAAGACAGAGACAGACGGCAGAGUGGUGGAGGGAAAACACCAAAGCUACAUGAUCUGUGCUUCAACAGCCGAGGAGAGAGAUGACUGGAUCGAGUCUAUCAGGGCAAGCAUUACAAAGGACCCAUUUUAUGACCUAGUCUCAGUCCGCAAGAAGAAGAUCAUCAAACAAACACAGCAAGACUGACCACACCAGAGCAUCAUGGACAGUUUAGUUUUUUUAGAAUUGACGGAUGUUGGAGACCGCAUGGCUUGUUUACUAAGCACAAUAACUGAGCCACAAGGACAGUUUGAAUUACUUCAAUAUCAAAAGUUUGUUUAAAGCAACGUUGUGCAACCAUUUGGAGGAAAAGGAAGUAACAAGAAGAGAAGCAGCAUGUUGCCUGAUAGUGUCUCUGCUAAUAUCUGCUAAUACUGAGAAAAAAAAACUACGUAGCAUAUACAGACUGACCAGAAACGUGGCACUGGAGACCCUCAUGCGAGGUCCGUGACUGAAUGUUUAGAUCUCCGACACAUUUUUCAUAAGGGGCAGUUUGACCAAAAAAUGAAAUUCACCCACUUAUUGCAAGCGUAGUCAGUCAGCAAAGAGAUGUCUGCUGUCUGGCCAUUCCUUCUUUAGUUUUGGACUGGAGCUACAAGAUGAAUGUAGCUACCAAGCUGCAAUGCAGACGAUUCCCAGCAUGAUUUCUCCCGUUUGAUCGUAAUAUGACAUUGUGGAGAGUGUUUUGUUACAGCAUGAACUCUCUUACUUUCUUUCACAUACAACUGUGAUCCUGUGGACAUGGCAAGCUGAUCAGAGGCGCUUCAUUAACAAGAGCCCAGAAUUUACUGUAAAACGCUCACAAAAUGGAUCUGUCGGUCAAAUACCAUCAUCAAUAACUUGGGCUUGAAGAGGCUGAUUGAAAAGGGAAUCCCACCCAUUUUUCAAAAAUGCUGCGGAAUUAUAUCACUAAGAUGUAAACAAAGGGAUUCAGAGAGGUUUGAUGGGAAGUGUACCAUUCUAGAGAAACUUACUGGCACAGUGGUGGUGAUAGGAACCAGAUGUUUGAAGAAUUUAAUUCCCUUUGAAAACUACCUCAAAGAAAGCUAGUACACAAAAUUGUUCUGAAUACUCUGCCUGAUGCUUUGUUUAACAAUAGUUAAAUCUUUGGCCUAAAACAUAUUUACAUGCACCAAGGAAAAAUAGUUGCCAUACAAAACUUAUUUUUUUGACAAUUUACUGCUAUUAUCAACAUUAUAAAUGAAAGAAUACAUGUGUGGGUACACUGGUUGUUUUGAAUUGUAAAUAAAGUGGCUUUGUGUUGCAGACAUUGUAACCCCUGGUUCCUAUCAUCACUGCUGUAAAAAUUUGUCUGUGGUUAACCCCUUUACAUCAAACAAACACCUUGUUUACAUUCAGCGAUUCAGAUAUUUGAAUAAUCAGUGGAAUUCCUCUUUAACAGGCAGUGUGCCUGACCAAUAACUGCAUAUAGCACAAUAGCUGUACAUAUGUGUUGUAUAUUUAUUCAUGUGUCAUAGAAUAUAUUGUCUGUAUAUUGUUAUCCAUACUGUCUAAUAAUAUCUCUACAUUGGUAUUGGCUGAUUGGUUACUCACCUUUGGCAACCAAAAAGUAAAAUUUUUCAGCUUGAUUACACCAGAUUUUGCUUUUAGAAUGAUUUUUUUUAUUGUAUAAUAUUGGUGAAUAUAAGAUUAGGGCAAGGGUGUGUGAAUCACUUGAUUUUUAAUAAAUCCUUAUAUUUAAUUGAA